ACCAAACAACAACAACAACUAUACAUAACACAAAAGUAAAUUGAAACAUAACAACAAAAUAUAUUUAAAUUUUUUGGGAUCAACAACGCGUACGUAGUCGCCGUAGUCGUUACUUAACAUUCACGCCGUCGCUGUCGUUAACUAAAUUUACGCACAUAAGCGCGCGUACACUCGCACACACACACAACCAAAGACGCGACUGCGAGAGAGAGCCAUGAGGCAGGCAAGCACAAAGCAGAUUCUGGCGCUGCUGGUAUGCAGCAGCUUUUGCCUGAUUAGCGCCAUUCCACUACCAGGAAAUCAGGAAUUGGAUGUGCUGCAAAUACCCCUAACCAAUGGACAGGAAAUCGAUGUCUUGACACUUGGCUCCAAAGAUCAAGAACAGUUGAUAGCUGAACGCAACAAGAGAACAAUUGGAUUAUUGCGCGAACUGUUCCCAGACAUAACCAAGGAAAUCGACUCAAUUGUUAAUCGCAUUAUAGCACAAGUAAUACGCGUUGCGGGUCCAGGUCUGCUUAAUAGCGUACUGGCCGGUAAUCGUGGAGGUGGUGCCGCUGGUGGUGCCGGCCGCACCACGACAGCGAGCAGUUUUGAUGCCGAGUUCGAUGACGCGUUUGCCGAUGACGAUGAUGAUAGCAGUAGCAAUGGAGCUGCAUCCUCAACAGCAGCAACAGCAACAACAGCAGCUUCGAGCUCGCGUGUUAAAAUUGAUUUACCCACAUUUUCACCAGAGACGGAAUCAGCAGAAUCAACAGGCAAUAAAAACGGUGCCACCGAUACACAAAUCGACUUAUCGGCCAUUAACAAACAACUUGAGGAGACCAUUCGAGUGGCGCGUCAAGUUAAAGAGGCUGAGGCCGCUGCCGCAGCCUCCACCGCCACCCACACAGUGGCCCAGGUGCCCAUACCCAUUAAAUCCAACGAGCCCAUACAGCUAAGCUUUAAUAAUGAGCUCUCCUCAACGAAUGCCGGCGGUAGCAGCAGCUCAGCAAAUGAUGGUAAACCGUUGAGCGGCAACGACUUACAACUAUCGGAAUCGAAAUCGCCGGCCAUUGAUGAGCUGACUUUGGAUUCUGCGGAAGAAACUGCUGACUUGGACGAUCGUAACAAGAGUAAUCUGUUUAAAAGGUUCCUGAGCUUUGGCGGCGCUGGUCUGGCUGGCGGCUCCAGCGGCGGUAGCGGAGGUGCCGCGCCUGGCGGCAACGCCUUGGGCGGCGGAGGCUCUGGCAACUUUUUGCUGGAUGUGGUGCGCCUAUUCUCGGGCAGCGUGCAGACACAGCAGGGCGAUGAGGCCGCCAAUAGCGUUGGCGGUGGCGCUAGCAGCAGCACGGAUGAUACGGAUGCCACCGGCGACAGCACACGUACUGCUGAUGGCUACACCGAGGGUAUUCCCGGCCCUGUCACACGACUUGUCGUGCUUGCCAACCGUGGUCUGGCCAAUCUGGUGCAGGACUUGAUAUUGCGCGUUGCCGCCACCAGCGAGAAGUUCGUCAACUUUAAGGCCAAGCUGAUAACAGCGCUGAUUUAAGCGUUUAUAAGGCCACGCCCUCGCCGCCUCCCUGUUUUAGUCAAGUCAAUCAAACUGUACAGUCAAGCUACAGUACAGCGAAUUCCGUGUACACCUUUUCCAUUCACACACACACACACACACACACAGAUGCAAGAUACUCGAUACAUUUUUUAUCAAAACUUUUGUUG